CCACCCCCAUCCAACCACUGGGUUUAAUGUGCUGUAUCUUUACUACAGUAUUAAUAAGAAGACGCCAGUCUCUGCAAACUGUGAACUCUGAAUCACAAAAUAUAGCUAGAUCUUUAGUUUCUAUUAAAGAAGAAAACCUACACAAGUCCAACAUGCCCAAGAGAAAGGUAUGUAGAGAGCCUAGAUUACAGUAUGCGGAUAUACUUUUUGCCCUGUAUAAAUCAGUCGUGAUAUUAUGAAGCCUUCGAGAGAACGGAGAUUUAAUACAAAUCUGACGUAUGUAUUUAUGUUCACUCUUGCAAAAAAAUCUUUUGAAAUAAUUAUUAGAUUUUUUUGGUUUGCAAAUAGCGUCUUAUUUCGCCGAAUUUAGAAUGUUCUGAGGGAUUUCUUGAGAGGCGCACACAAUCUUCUGUCUGAUCUGAAGUCAGGCUGGAUCUCCAUGCUAUUGAAACCACAAGCAGCCAUGCUUUGCAGUUCCUACCCACAUCGCGAACACAGCCAAACAAAACGGAUGCCUUUUGAUAGUUCGACCGUGUAAAUCUGCAUUGAAAGGGUACAGAAAAAUAAAGUAAAAACUCUUCAUUUCUUCCUCGAUAUAAUUGUAUUCUAAGACCGUCGCAAAAAUGAUAAUUUUAAUGUUUUCUUUGUUCGCGUUAAAUGGGUGCUAUUGCGCCUUCUUAUCGCCAGGGGGCGGAACACAGUUGGUUCUGCCCCUCCCCCUAAAAUUCAUUUGGUGAAAACCGAUGAGGACUAAUGUCCCAAUGAAGAAAAAAAAAACUGUGCCACUGCUUCUUCUACUCAAAGCAUAGAAUAUGAAGCACAAAUCUAGAAUGAAUAGAGGCUGUCUGUAAAGGUCAAGUGUAGGCUAUUGCGAAUGUUUGCAAGAGGCUACGUUUCUGUGAACUUACAGUUACACAUUUGAGACAAUAUUGAAAUAUUCAGCAAUAUAUAUUAUGUUUUAGAUAUGCAUGCUAUUGUUUCCAAUCAUUUUGAGUAAUGUAUUUUUAAAUACAUUUUGCAGGGAGCCGAUGGAGAUGUCAAGGGGGAGGUAAGUGAUACACACACAAAGACACACACACUUGAAUAUCACCCUUGUAGAAUAGGCUACAGGUUGCAAUCUUCACCAUGAUUAAAAUCAUCACUAGUGAUUACUGGUGAUGAUUUUAUCACAUUAUUUGCUUGUGAAAACCUGAAAAUAUUCAAUUUGUUGAAAAGGAUAAUGUAUUCUUGAAAUAGGGAAAUAUUCAAUUGUCUGCAUUAUGUAGAUGAAUCAAGCAUCAUCAUUCAAUUCUUUUAAAAAUGUUUUCACACACCUUUGAUUGAGUAAUAUUAUUCUCUUUCCUUACAUUAGCCGUCAAGGAGAUCUGCACGGUUGUCAUCGGUGUGUACAUUUUGUUUCUUUAAAGCUUCCUUUUGGAAAUGUAAUACGUAUAUAGGCAUCAGUAUAUAGGCAUCAGCACUACAACUAUUUAACCUUUAAAAAUAGAUUUUCUUAUUUUCAACUAUAACUUUUGUUUUUUGGCCUGUUUCAUGGGAUCUAUUGUAUCAAUAUACUCUUCCUUCUGUAUUUUUCAGAAACCAGCCCCUCCCAAACCAGCACCAAAACCAAAAAAGCCAGCUAAGGUAAUACUUACCUGUCUUCAACAUUUACACAUUCAAUAUAAUUAUGCAUGUCAGGUGUUUAGUAUUACAUGUUGUCUUCUCGGCACAUUCACACCCAUAUUAAGUGUCAAGACAAUUACAUCACUUUGAGGUGCCAGGCAGAGAAGAUUUGACAGAUAUGCAUGUAAAUUGUCCACACAGAAAGAAAAAGAAGUAAAUGACAAGAAGAAGGAAGACAAGAAGAAGGUUAAGGCAGCAGCAGUCGGGGAGCCUAAAGAGGAGACCCAGUCUGAAAAUGGCGAGACCAAGACAGACGAAGUAUGUCAUGCCAUAUCAGUGAUACACUGAUACUUUUAUAUUAACAAUCCUUUGUACUUGGAAGUAUUAUCUCGAGAAGGUUGUUUUUAGUUAGUUGUAUCUGACUAUUUCUGGAGGCAAAUCCAUCUAAAAGCAUGAAUCAUUCAGGAUUCUCAGUGUCUCACAGUGAAUGGAUCUCAAGGUCUUACUUUUGUCAUCUUACAGGUAGAGACUCCAGAAGAGAAGACUGAGUAGCACCUGUCCUGGCCGUCCAAUCCCCUCCCUUGUAUGGCCCCCAAGUCUCAUGUGUUUUCCCUAAAACCUCCAUUACCUUAUUAACAGAGGAAUAUUUUUAUCAACAAUUUUGUAAUUAUUGGUACAGGUUUUUAGCACAAAACAAAGCUAAAUAUGGAAGAUUGUUCUGUUGUGCAGUGGUCAUAUCAAGUGUUUUUAAGCAAACAUAAUUACGGUUUCGUUUUUUUUAUUAGUGUUGGUAGCUUGUUGGGAGUUAAAAAAAGAAUGCUGGCUGGCAAACUAAUUGCAGGUGGUAUAGUAUCACAUUGUAGGUUUGCCAACUCAACAAAAUCACAACAUCUCUUUAGUUGGUGGCUGUAUUUUUACCCUUGAUAUGUGCAGUGUUUUUUCUUUAUGUGGGGGUUUACUUCUUUUCAACGUGAUUGUCUGUAAGAGGAAUUUAAAUAUUGAAAAAAUAUUGAAAACAUUCCAGGCUUAAUAAUGAUGUGGGCAUACCUGCUUUUGAAAUAAUCUUGCUCUGAAUUAUUUUGAUGACAAAUUAUUUUAAUGGCAGAAGAGGCUUGUUGGAAGUCGCUUAUGCUUUUUGAAACAAAUGUUGGGAUUUUUUAUUGAAAUAUGCCGCCAUCUGUUGUGUUCCCACUGAAGUUCUGGAUGUCUAAUUGGAAUCUAAUAAAAUAGUAAUUGGAAUUUUCCUCA